CUUUCUUCUGAAACAUGGCUACUCAAGAAGCAUUGACCAGAGAAGAGUGUGGUUAUUUCGAAGAUGAAGAUGGAACAAUCAGGAUUGAAGAUCUUGUCAUUCAACCAGCUCGUCCCCCUACUUUGAGUUAUGAUGCCCCAGAAUCUAGGCUAAUGAUAACUGAGUUAAUCGUAGAGGAUUUUAAGUCUUAUGCAGGAAAACAGACUCUUGGUCCAUUUAACAAGCAUUUCACUUCUAUAGUUGGACCAAACGGAAGUGGAAAAUCAAAUGUUAUUGAUUCUUUACUGUUCGUGUUUGGAGCCAGAGCUCGAAAAAUUCGAUCAAAGACUAUUAAACAAUUGAUUCAUGACAAAGGAGGUCGCAAAAGGUGCUCUGUCACAGUUAAUUUUGCUAUAAUAAGAGAUGAGGGAGAAGGAUAUUCAGUUAUUCCCGACUCGAGGUUUAUUCUUUCAAGAACAGCUUUCAUCGAUGAUACUUCAUAUUAUGAAAUUAUGCAUAAACGAGUUCCAUAUAAAGAAGUCAAUCGUACUCUGAAAGCAUAUGGAAUUGAUAUGGAUCAUACUAGGUUUUUAAUAUUGCAGGGAGAAAUAGAGGCAAUUUCAUUAUUGCAACCCAAAGCUGCAACAGAACAUGAUGAAGGAAUGCUGGAAUAUAUUGAAGACAUUAUUGGCUCUGAUAGGUUCAUCGAACCAAUUAAAACAUUUACGGAGAAAAUUAAUUUAUUGAAUGAAGAAAAAAAACUGAAAGUGAACGAAGCCAAGAUCUUUGAAAGUGAAAAAGAUAAACUUGAAGAGCCCAAAAAUCAAGCUAUUCAGUAUUUAAGAUUAGAAAACCAAACAUUUAUCAUUGAAAAUUCGAUUUUACAUUUGAAACGCAAGGAAGCAGAGCAUGAGCUACAGGUAGUUAGUGAAAAAAAGAAAGAUCUUGUCAGUACGAUGAGAGAUGUAAAGAAGCAGAUGGAUGAUUUGGCAGACUCCAAACAUUCAGUUCAAAAGGAGCUUGAAAAAGUCACUCAUGAUUUGGAAAAUAGUUACAAAAACUUUGAGAAAUAUAAAGAGGAAUUUAAAAAGCAAGAAUGCAAAGAUGCUUCGCUCUCAGAAGAGUUUAAAUAUGCAAAAACUAAAAAGUCUAAUCUGCAAGACAGCUUGGAAAAAUAUCAAAAAGAGUUGGGUAAAUUGGAGAAACAGCUGAACGUCUACGAGAGUGAAACUAAAGAAUUAGAAGUACUUCUUAAAAAGUUGGAAGCUGAAAAAGAAGUUGAAGACAAAAAAUCUUCUGAGGUCUUGGGAUCAUUACAAAAAGAAACAAAUGCUCUAAAAGAAAAGAAAGAUAAGUUUGAAAAUCAGUUAGUUAAGUCCAAAGAAAUUUGCAAUGAAAUUCGAUCUGAGAUGAAUUUACUGCAAUCAGAACGUGAUAUUUACACAAGUUCUCAAAAGAAAGAAAAGGACAAACUUAACUCUCUGGUUUCUGAUUUAGAAAAAAACACAACUGUUACUGCAGCUGAGGAAAAAUUAAUGAAAAAAGAUGAGGAAUACAUUGCAAAAUUGGAAUCCGAUUUAGAAUCUUUGAAAAAUCAGCUGCUAAAUUCUAAAAAUGAGGAACAAAAUCUUUCUCAAGAGUUGAAACUUAAGCGCAUUAAGUUGGAAGAGGCAAAAAGUUCUAUGACCUCCACCCAAAGUCGUAACCAAAUGAUCAAUGCUUUCAGGAAAGAAAAAGCUCAGGGUCGAUUUACUGGCGUUUAUGGGAGAUUGGGUGAUCUUGGUGCUAUUGACCAAAAGUAUGAUGUUGCCAUUUCUACUGCUUGUGGACCAUUGGAUAACAUUGUUACUGAUACUAUGAAUACAGCUCAAAAAUGUGUGGAAUUUUUAAAGAAAAAUAAUUUGGGCUAUACAACUUUUCUUCCUCUAGAAAAGAUGGAAAAAUGGACUGUCUAUGUUAAUAAAAAAAUACAAACACCAGAAAAUGUUCCUCGCUUGUUCGACUUGAUUACUGUUAACGAUAAAGCUCUAUUGCCUGCAUUUUAUUAUGCUUUACGUGAUACCUUAGUUGCCGACACUCUAGAGCAAGCUACCAGAAUUGGUCUGCAAGGAAAGCAUAGAUUCAGAGUUGUAACCUUGAGGGGAGAUUUAAUUGAUCUUGCAGGUACAAUGAGUGGAGGUGGUGCAAAAAUGAUGCGAGGACGUAUGGGCCAAAAAAUUGUUGAAUGCACUACAAGUGAUGCUGAUGUGGCAAACAUGAACUCUGAAAUAAAUGCUUUGACAAAGAAACUUUCUGAAAUAAAAAAGUUAUGUGUGAAUUUAGAAAAUCAGAUUUAUGAAAAGAAUAAAGUUUUGGUUACAGCACAACGUAAUGCAAAGAAAAGGAUAGCUAAUGUUGCAUCAUACAAAGAAGCUAUACAAGUGCUGAAAUCUCAAAUUGCAGAUCAGGAAAUCAAAAUUGCAAGUGUUGUUAUUGACGACAACAAAGUAAAAGGCCUUGAUGAGAAAAUUAAACAAAAGAAGAAAGAUUAUGAGAAUGCUAUGGAGAAAUCAUCUUCCAUUGAAAAAGAAGUGUCAAGUCUUCGUGAUGAGAUAUUAAGUAUAACUAAAGGGAAAUCAAAGAAAGCAGAAAAGAAUCUUCUCCAACUAAAUAAACAACUUCAAGAAAAGACUCAAUCAAUGACCAAAUCAACUGUAAAUAUCAAGUCAUCAAAAAGAAAUAUUGAUAAAACAAAGAAAACAAUAGCUUCAACUGAAAAGGAAAUUGAAGAUCUAACAAAGUCUUUAAUUGAUGUAAAAGAAAAAAGAAAAGAAUUAGAAGAUCAAGCAAGAGAAACUCAUGAAAAGAAGUUAGAAGCUGAGAAACAAAUUGAAGAAUUCAAAGGGAAAAAAGCCAAUCUUAAGAAAGGAAUUGAGGAGAUCAAUGAAAAAGAGCACCAAUUAAAGCUACUAGAUAUUGAAAGAAAAAAUGAACUCAAAAAUUUAGAAGCUCUUGAAUCAGAAAAAAAAUUAGAAAUCAAAGCCAUCAAUGCCAAGCUGACAAAAUUGAAGUUGAAUGAAGUAGAAAAUGAUAGUACUGAUAUUCCAACUUUAACAGCAGAUGACAUCAGCAAAUUGUCAAUGAGUAAACUUUACAGUGAUCUUGAUCUUUUAAAACUUCAAAUGGAAGAAAUAAAGCCAAAUUUUUCUGCCAUAAAGGAAUUUCGGAUUAAGGAACAGCAGUUCUUGGAAAAGCAAAGUCUUGUUGAUACCAUUACCCAUCAAAUUAAUAUAGAGAAUUUUAGAUUAACAGAACUUCAAGACAAGCGUCUUUCAGAAUUCAAUGCCGGAUUUUCUAUAAUUGCAAACAAGCUGAGGGAAGUAUAUCAAAUGCUUACAUUGGGUGGAGAUGCUGAGAUCCAGUCGGUUAAAAAUGCUGAACCUUUUGCUGAAGGGAUUGAAUACCAUGUUCGUCCUCCCAAAAAAGCUUGGAAAUAUAUGCGUAAUUUAUCUGGUGGAGAAAAAACUUUGGCCUCACUGGCUUUAGUAUUUGCUCUGCAUUACUACAGACCAACUCCCUUCUAUGUGAUGGACGAAAUUGAUGCUGCUCUUGAUGAAAGAAAUGUUGCAAUCAUUGCGUACUACUUAAAAGAGCAGACAAAGAAUGCUCAGUUGGUAGUUGUUUCAUUGCGCAACGUUAUGAAUGAACUUUCGGAUCAGUUGCUGGGAAUCUUCAAAGUAAAUGACUGCACUAAAUUUCUUAAUCUAACAAAUGUUUCAUCGUGGGCAGAAGAAGGGGAAGAAAACCAAAGGACCAGUGCUCAAAGUGUUGGAGAAACAUGACAUCUCAUUUUAGACUUUUAUAUGACAUAGUGAAAAGCUUAAUAUGAAGUAUUUUAUAUUGAAGCAUUUAAAAUUUUAUGAUCUUUUGUAUGUUUUUUAUUUAAAUUUUACACAUCAUAUUGUGAAUAUUAUUUUGCGAAGCAUUUUCUCAUCAGUAAUAAAUUC